GCGCGGCGGCGGCGGCGGCGGGGAUGAGCACCGGCCUGCAGGCCCGCGGACCCGCACCCGAGGGUGGACGGGGGCGGCCGGGCGGACCCAACAUGAGUGAAGUUUCCUGCAAAAAAAGGGAUGACUAUUUGGAGUGGCCUGAGUAUUUCAUGGCAGUGGCCUUCUUAUCGGCACAGAGGAGCAAAGAUCCAAAUUCCCAGGUUGGAGCCUGCAUCGUGAAUGCUGAAAACAAGAUUGUUGGGAUUGGGUACAAUGGGAUGCCCAAUGGGUGUAGUGAUGACCUGUUGCCUUGGAGGAGGACAGCGGAGAACAAGCUGGAUACCAAAUACCCUUACGUGUGCCAUGCCGAGCUGAAUGCCAUCAUGAACAAGAACGCGGCUGGCGUGAAGGGCUGCAGUAUGUACGUCGCCUUGUUCCCCUGUAAUGAGUGUGCUAAGCUCAUCAUCCAGGCAGGUAUAAAAGAAGUUAUUUUCAUGUCUGAUAAAUACCAUGACAGUGAUGAGACAAGAGCGGCGAGGCUCAUGUUUGAAAUGGCUGGGGUUACAUUCAGGAAAUUUACACCGAAGUGCAGCCAGAUUGUCAUUGAUUUUGAUUCAAUUAACAGCCGACCGAGUCAGAAGCCUCAGUGAGUUCCAUCUCAUUAAAUCUCCAGAAGACUGGGACUCUCCUCUAAGAGACUGCUAGUGCCUUUCAUCUUGAAGUUGCACAUAACUUUUUAAUAGCCAGCGCAGCACAAAUAGACCUUUAAAGAAUAUAAAGCCUCAACUCUUCCUGCCUGGCCCUCUAUCACAUGGAAUCUGCAUCUGUUUAGACUAGUGAUUUAGGGUUGAAAAUGAGGGAACCUGUAGCAGCCUGCCCCACAGGGCUGGAGCGAGGUGUCUCUCCUUUGUGGUCUGUUUGGCUGGGGCUGGUGGCUCUGCAGAACAUCAGCUCUCUGACAUCCACUGGAUUUCAGCAGACACUCCUCACCACUCCAAGUGCUGGAAGGACACAUAAAUAAUUGUCGUGUUCUUAGCAGGGCUGAGCAGACACACUGAUGUGAACAUCUGGCUCAAAUGAAGCAUAACAUGUAGUGCCCUUGGAAAAAAUAAAAUCCGACCAAAUGACAGUAACAUUAACGUGUUUGCUGCAGAGUUAAGGGAAAUACCUGCCCACCCACUCAGAAGACCUCUAUGGGACUGCACAUCUGUCCUGGCACCUGGUCAGUGCCACUGAACCACAAAUAUCUUCUGUGUUCUUGCUCUCCUGCCACACACAGGUAGUGACAUAUUAUCCCUCUGGGGCGUGGGGAUCCCUGUGGUUUUGACUUAUCUCUGGUUUGUUGGUCUCAUAGAGCUGUUAGAUUUAGUUUAUCUGAAUAACGAGUUGUUCCCAUAGGAGGAAACUUGUCAGUCCCUCAGACCAUGUCCUGUUGGGGUGGCAGCUGGGAUUGUGCAGAUGGAAGACGUGGACUUCCCCCCCACACACUCCCACUUCUGUGUGGAAAUGUUGCCUCUGCUCCACUUCCCAACAGGGUUCAUUUCCAAGGGCGUUCUACAGUCAGAGAGUAAAUUAAUUCCUGUCCUGUAAGUGAAUUGUAAGAAAUUCCGCCCACCUGGAUAUAUUGGUGAUCCAGCUCAUUUGUGCUCCUGGUGCCAAUGCCUCCAGCCACACAAACAUCACCUUCCUAAUCACCGGGAGAGGAAUGCACAGCUGUGUGCCUUAUCUUUAAUCUCAUUUCAUUUUUAUUAAACAUGCUCAGUACCUUUAUUGAGAAUAGUUUCUUUAUCCUUAAGAUUAUUACCUUUUUUAGUGUGCUCUUAUAUUUUCAUGAGUUUUUAUUUUGUCUCUGAGGUUUUGUAUUCUGUAUUCCAGGAUAUUUUGU